ACGCAAGUGGCUCGAAACCCUAACCAAAACUGACAGCCAGUUCUGGAUUUUGUUGUGAAUUAGAAUAGCACAAAAAUAAAAUAAGGACCUUUGCCUCUAUAAUAAUGGAAUUUUAUAUUUGAAAACUGCAACGAAAUACGUCACUCUUAGCCAUGAGUAAUUCUCGAAAAUUUUUCGAUGCGAUUGCUAAACAAAUAAACAAAUCACCAGUGAUGAACAAUGCCAAUUCUGCUAUUGGUAAUGUAGCAGAAAGAGCACAACUGAAAUUGUCUAGUGUUCAGAACAUUGCCGUUGAAAAAUAUAAUACGAUUGUGAAGCAAAUCAAUGGUACUACAGUGAUUCAGGAUUGUUCUCCACAGGCACUUCAAUCGGUAAGUCCAUUACCGCAACGUAUCAUAAAUUGGUGGCAAUGGUACCAGCAAUUGACCGGGCUAGAUACAGUCGAGGUAGCCAAACGCCAGGUUAUACAAGUUCAGGACAAACUUUUUGAGUGUCAAGAUCAUCGCAGGAGCCUUACACGCCAAGCCAACUUAGUGAAUGAAAGAUUGAAAGAAAUUUAUGGCGAAUUGAUACAAACCAGACGUGAUGAUCAAAAAUAUGUACAGUUGACCAUAAUGGAGAAUAAAAGCUUGCAGGAACAAACAAAGAUCAGUGGACAGUUGAAUAUUUUAGAGAAUGAGGAAAGGGAUCACUUUACACAAUUGGCUACGGCUAUAAAAGAGUAUCAUGACAGUCAAGCUAUGAAUGCGCAAAAAUACAAGUACUUAUCAAUAUUAGCAUCAGCAUUCUUAGCAAUUUUGUCAUUGAGUGGUUCAAUGAUUUAUAAUAAUCGAAGAAUAGCUGACGUACGAAACGUCAUAGCAGCAGCUCAAAAAAACAAUGACGAGACCUUCAAACAAUGCUUUCACUCGUUACAAAGUGAAUCAAAUAAAAAAUUCUCCAUGAUUAUGUCCACCCUGGCAACCAAAACUGUCAUUGAGACAAGUAGUCAAACUGAACCAACUCCUGAAAUAUUGAACCAAGCAUGUGAUCUUGGUAGUGACUUUCUGACUGACCAAGAUUUAAUUAGCGAAAACCGCAGAACACUUGCUAUUUACUUGGGUGCCUUAAUUCUUGCCGUUUACGUUAUGCAACAAUUUAGGUAAAUUUAAAACAUCAAACAUUCCGAAAUUUAAUAUUGAGGGACGUUGGAGACAGCAUUUAAUUCAUAAAUGUUUUACUCAUGCUGUGUAGUCUAUUUUGACCUUUGAAUAAAUAACGUAUUUCAGGUUUAGAUCAUCAUCAAUGUUAUUAUUAUUAUCAUUACACUGAAAUAUACAAACUUAAGGCAAUCGAAGUAAACGUACAGAAUAUUGGCAAUGCUAAACUGUUAUGCAAAUUCUGCACUUAAUUGAUGUGGAAAUGUGAAAACGAUAAUUCAUGCCAACUUAUAUUUCAAUGCAUCACAAAUAUUAAUCCAAUUACUCAAAAGAAUCAAACAGCUAACCGCGGUUUAGUAAAUCAUACGGUUAUGAAUUGGAGUGACAAGCGUUUUAACAAUUAGUAUCAAGAACAAAAAUAGUAAUCAGUAACAUAAUCCAACAUCGUUGAGCAGUUCUGAAUAGCUGUUGAACACUUUGAUGAGAAUCAGGAAGCCAGAUAUUCAUGGUUCGUGUCCAAGAGUAGAUGAAAUUUUGCAUCUACACCUAACUCGAAAAUCAUGUCCAAAUUUGGUGUGUGUAUAUCCUUUGCAGAAAUUUCCAUAGGUUCCAUUUUGUAAUAUAUCUUAUCGAGUAUUGUGCGUUCAGAUUCAAUGCUGACAUUUCAAUAUUUGAAUGUCUCAACAUUUUUUUUUUGAUAUUCUGAUGCCAGACUUUUCUUGUUUUUUCUACUUUUACAAAUCCGUUUUACUCUUCUCGCUGUUUUUAAUCCCACUUUUUCCAUUCAAUACCAUCAGGCGGCUUUCUUUCUACUUGUCCUUUGGCCACUUCGUCCCAAUUUGUACUCAAGACAGUUCCACCAGAUUCUUG